UGAACUCACACCCUUGACCUCUACACACAGUCAUUUUACACAUACUUUCUCCUUUCCAUUGGACCUAGCUAGGGUUUUUUUAACUAUUCCAAUUGUUAAAAGAGAGCAAGCAAUGGCGAAAUCACCAGAGCAAGAGCACCCCAAGAAGGCAUUUGGAUGGGCUGCCAGGGAUUCUUCCGGUGUCCUCUCCCCCAUCAAAUUCUCAAGAAGGACAACCGGAGACAAGGACGUAACAUUCAAAGUUCUUUAUUGCGGGAUAUGCCACUCCGACCUUCACAUGCUCAAGAAUGAAUGGGGCACCUCCUUUUACCCCCUUAUCCCUGGGCACGAGGUUGUGGGGGUAGUGACGGAAGUUGGUAGCAAGGUACAGAAAUUCAAAGUUGGAGACAAUGUUGGCGUAGGCUGCAUGGUUGGAGCAUGUCGCUCUUGCGGUGACUGUUCCAACAACCUUGAAAAUUACUGCCCAAAAAUGAUCCUCACCUAUGGUGGCAAGUACCAUGAUGGGACCACCACAUACGGCGGCUACUCCGACAUCAUGGUUGCAGAUGAGCACUUUGUGGUCCGUAUUCCGGACAGCCUACCGCUUGAUGCCAGUGCUCCCCUCCUUUGUGCUGGGAUUACUGUGUAUAGCCCCUUGAAAUAUUAUGGAUUUGACAAACCCGGCAUGCAAGUGGGCGUGGUUGGCCUCGGUGGGCUAGGCCAUGUGGCUGUGAAGUUUGCUAAAGCUAUGGGGGUUAAGGUGACAGUAAUCAGUACCUCACCUAAGAAGGAGAAGGAAGCUUUGGAACAUCUUGGUGCCCACUCGUUUUUGGUCAGCACCGACCAAGAUCAAAUGCAGGCUGCCAUGGGCACAUUGGAUGGUAUCAUUGAUACGGUCUCGGCAAAUCAUCCUCUCCUGCCUCUAUUGGGCUUAUUGAAGUCACAUGGAAAGCUUGUCAUGGUUGGUGCACCAGAGAAGCCACUAGAACUACCAGUCUUUCCUUUGCUAAUGGGAAGGAAGUUGGUAGGUGGCAGUUGCAUUGGAGGCAUGAAGGAGACACAAGAAAUGGUUGAUUUUGCAGCCAAACACAAGAUAACAGCUGAUAUUGAGGUUAUUCCGAUUGAUUAUGCGAACGCUGCCAUGGAGCGUCUCUCGAAAGCAGAUGUGAGAUACCGUUUUGUCAUUGACAUUGGGAACACAUUGAAGCCGAAAGCGAGUAGGUGGCUUGCUUUCAACGUGCGACAAAAGAUAGAAAUGGCGAAAUCACCAGAGCAAGAGCACCCCAAAAAGGCCUUUGGAUGGGCUGCCAGGGAUUCUUCCGGGGUCCUCUCCCCCUUCAAAUUCUCAAGAAGAACAACCGGAGACAAGGACGUAACAUUCAGAGUUCUUUAUUGUGGGAUAUGCCACACCGACCUUCACAUGAUCAAGAAUGAUUGGGGCACCUCCACCUACCCCCUUAUCCCAGGGCAUGAGUUUGUUGGUGUUGUGACAGAAGUGGGGAGCAAGGUACAGAAAUUCAAAGUUGGAGACAAUGUUGGCGUAGGCUAUGCGGUUGGAGCAUGUAACUCUUGCGAUGACUGUUCCAACAACCUUGAAAAUUAUUGCCCAAAAAUGAUCGCCACCUCUGGCGGCAAGUACCACGAUGAAACCACCACAUACGGCGGCUACUCCGACAUCAUGGUUGCGGACGAGCACUUUGUGGUCCGUAUUCCAGACAACCUACCGCUUGAUGCCGGUGCUCCCCUCCUUUGCGCUGGGAUUACUGUGUACAGCCCCUUAAAAUAUUAUGGACUUGACAAACCCGGCAUGCAAGUGGGCGUGGUUGGCCUUGGUGGGCUAGGCCAUGUGGCUGUGAAGUUUGCUAAAGCUAUGGGGGUUAGGGUGACAGUGAUCAGUACCUCACCCAAGAAAGAGAAGGAAGCUUUGGAACAUCUUGGUGCCCACUCGUUUUUGGUUAGCACUGACCAAGAUCAGAUGCAGGCUGCCCUGGGCACAUUAGAUGGUAUCAUUGAUACGGUCUCGGCAGAGCAUCCUCUCCUGCCUCUAAUUAGCCUGUUGAAGUCACAUGGAAAGCUUGUCAUGGUUGGUGCACCAGAGAAGCCACCAGAGCUACCAGUCUUUCCUUUGAUAAUGGGAAGGAAGAUGGUAGGUGGUAGUUGCAUUGGAGGCAUGAAGGAGACACAAGAAAUGGUUGAUUUUGCAGCCAAACACAAGAUAACAGCUGACAUUGAGGUUAUUCCGAUUGAUUACGUGAACACUGCCAUGGAGCGCCUCUCGAAAGCAGAUGUGAGAUACCGAUUUGUCAUCGACAUUGGGAACACAUUGAAGUCGAGCUUCUGAUUUUCUGCUGCCGUUGGUGCGUACGAUGAUAUGCAUUUUGUCUUGUUUGUCUGUUAUCUGAAUAAUUUAUUCAAAGAUGUAAGAGGUUGCAAUUUGGGAUUAAUAAUAAAAAAUGAAGGAUACGUUGUUUUGGGAUC